AAAAAGUAAAUUGUGAGAAUCAAUGUACCGAUGGCGCCAGAAGUUGGAUUAUACCUUGAUGAAUGCUUCUUCACGUCUUACAACAAAAGGUUUAAAGGCAGUCAUGAGGAGGUGUCAAUGGAAGAGUACAAGGAAGUAGCUGAAGAAUUCAAAUGGAAGCAUGUUUACUCACAUAUUGGCUCAGCUGAAGAAAAAGAUGGAGCUGUGGCUAUUUGGUUGCAUUCUCUGAACCAGAGAAACUAUCCUGAUCUACGAUGCAAUGAAUACAAACCGGAUGAAGUCAUUGUCUAUAAGACGAUUGGUGAAGCCUCUGAAGAAAAUAUCCAUGAAGAGAAAAUUACAGUGAAAGAGAACACUAAUGGCACUGCAGAGUUAUUCGUUGCCGAUAAGUUGAAUGAUGAAACCUCUGAAGGAACGAUCAUGGAAGAGAGGACUACAGUAGACGAGAAGGCAAUCGGGUGAGGCCGCUUUUAUCUACUGCGGAUCACUGGAUUCAAGCUUACCGGACUAGUGAGCCAGGUGAGUAACAUGAUGCCUCAGUUAAAAAAUAUAUUUGGACAUUUGUUUCACUGUGUCCUUUGAGUUUUGUCUCUCAUGACAAAAUUUUGGAAACUUAAGUCAUGUGUUAGCAUUGUGACAUUUUGAUCUUAUUAUAAUUUUACCGAAUUAAGUAUUGGCUAUGCG